GACUGAUCUUUCUGCAACACCCCUACCCUCGUGAUAUUACUCUCAUCUCAAAUUGUAAACAUGGAUGCUGUGAAGCGCUUCUUCUCUUCUCCCCGCUUUGCCGUGGCGGGAGCAAGCAACGAUCCCAAUAAGUUUGGCUACAAGCUCCUAGCCUGGUACCAUGAGCAUUCGCUCCCAGUGACUCCUCUGAAUCCUCGUGCCGCGCAGAUUGAUCUCCCCUCGCGGAGCUACGAGACAGUGGCCUCCCCCAGCAAGCUGCCCUCGCCCACACAGACCUCGCUGUCCGUGGUGACCCCACCGGCGGUGACGCUGGCACUGCUCCAGGAGGCACACUCGGUCGGCAUCCCUGCCGUAUGGCUGCAGCCGGGUACAUUCAACGAUGCAGUGAUUCAAUACGCCCGAGAGAACUUUGCGGCGGUGGUGGCCGGUGAUGGUGGACGGGGCUUUGAAGGAUGGUGUGUGUUGGUGGAUGGUGAGGAGGGGCUGGCGGCGGCGGGGGUGCCAUGGAAGUCACAGCUGUAAGCUGAGUACCGCAUAUCAUCAGGAUAG